UUCUGACUUGGCAGCCUCGCACUCCUGCAAAAUUGGGAUCCAGGUGUCAAAGAGAGAGAUGGGUGGCUCCAAGACCAGUCUUGGCUUCCUCGUUUUGCUUCUGAUUGGCAUGUUGAGCGGGACGUCCAGCGACGCUCAUUCUCUUUCCUAUAAUUUUACCAUCCAUCCUCGGCCCAGAGAUGGUCAGCCAUGGUGUGCGGUUCAAGGCGAAGUGGAUCAAAAGGUCUUUCUCUCCUAUGACUGUGAUAGAGCUGAGAUCAGGUACAUGAGUCCAUUGGGAGAGGAAGUGAAAAGUAUGAACGUCUGGGAAACACAGACAGACACACUCAGAGACACUGGAGACUUGCUCAAGGAGCAAAUGCCUGAUGUUACCCCGGAGAAAGACACAGACAAGGACUUUCUGACCCUGCAGGCCAGGAUGACGUGCUGGAGUGAAGACAAUGGACACACCAGUGCAUCCUGGCAGUUUGGCUUCAAUGGAAAACGGUGUCUCCUCUUUGAUUCGGAGAAUGGACAUUGGACAGUGGUUCAUUCUAAAGGGAGGCGGAUGAAAGAGAAGUGGGAGAAUGACAGAGCUGUGACUGACUUCUUCAAGAAGGUCUCCAUGGGAGACUGUCGGCACUGGUAUCAAGAUUUCUUGCUGCACUGGGAGAAAAUAUUGAAAACCACGGCAUCACCGACCACGGGCCCCCCUGCAGUCCAGCCCACGGCCACAGCCAUCAGUCACAUCGCCUGGAUUGCUCCUGUGGUUCUCACCAGUUUUGUCAUAAUGGGCAUCAUAAUAGCCUGUAUCCUUUACAAGAAGAGGAAAUGCUCCCAGGAAGCCCCUGACAGGUGGGCUGUUGGCCUCAGGACUCAGUCUUUGCUUGGCCGCCUUUGUUCUCCUGCUGUUCACUUUAGAACCAAGAAGUCAGACCUUCAGAAUCCCAAAUCUGUUUACCAGUUAUGAUGACACAGUGGCUGCACCAUCUCGUGUCUCUUGUCGCAUCUGAUGAACAUCCUCCUCAACCUCUUUAUUUUUUUUAUAUCUCCUUUCCCACUUUCUGUUGGUGUUGAGUGAUGCAGUCUCUGCACUGAUGCUUUCAACUACUUGAACAAGAGAUCGCCACAAACAUAGCACUUUCAAUCUUCUAGUUUUUGGAAAAUUAGACAUUUCCCUGCAUCAUGACCUUAUUCUUAAAAAUGAUGAUAUUGCUGGAAAAAUACAUCUGCUAUUACAGGACUCAGGGACUUUUUUUCUAUAUCCAAAGAAACAACUUUGUUAUAUUUUCAAAGGAAUAAAAUUUUA